AUGGCCGAAAAACCGUCGGUCCUCAUCAUCGGUGGUCUCGGCUACAUUGGCCGUUUCCUCGCCCUUCACAUUCACAAGAACAACCUCGCUUCCGAAGUGCGCAUUGUCGACAAGGUCCUGCCCCAGCUUGCCUGGCUGGCGCCCGAGUUUGAGGAAGCGUGCGCGGGACCCAAGUUUAUGCAGGCGGAUGCGAGCAGAGAGCAGUCUCUUCAAAGGAUAUUUGACCGAUCUAACGGAAAGCAAUGGGACUACGUCUUCAACUGCGGCGGUGAGACGCGCUACUCACAGGAAGAGGAGGUGUACAAGCUGCGCUCGCUCGAGCUGUCGUUAGCCGUGGGAAGAGAAGCCGCCAAGCGGGGUGUCAAGUGCUUCAUCGAGCUGAGCACGGGAAUGGUCUAUAAGCCGGACUCGGCGCCUAGCAAGGAGCAGGACAAGCUGAAGCCAUGGAGCAAGAUUGCCGUCUUCAAGCUGCAGGCCGAGGAGGAGUUGGCCAAGAUUCCAGGACUCAACCUCGCUAUCGUUCGUCUCUCCCACGUGUACGGCCCGUACGCGUCGCAAUGGGUCGCGACCGCCCUCUGCAUGGCGCGCGUCUACCAAGCCCUCGGGUCCGAGAUGAAGUGGCUCUGGACCAAGAACCUCUGCACCAACACGGUGCACAUCCACGACGUGACGCGCGCUCUCUGGCAGGUGGCCGAAUGGUACGCGGCCGGCAAGGCCAAGUGGGACGCGGCCAAGAUGGGCCCCACCCCGACCUUCAACGUGGUCGACAAGGGCCGCACGACGCAGGGCAUCAUGGCGGACCUGAUCGGCGACGUGUUCGGCAUCAAGACGGGCUUCCAGGGCACCAUCAUCUCCAACUUUGCCAAGAUCCACCUGCACGACGUGGUGGAGGACGUCAACGACGAGCUGCUGGGCCCUUGGGCGGGUCUGCUCGAGGACGCGGGGAUAACGAAGCCGGGGCCCCUGACCCCCUUUAUGGAGGCGGAGCUGCUCAAGGAUACCGACCUCAGCAUGGAUGGUUCACGGCUGGAGGAGCUACUCGGGUUCAAGUAUGAGAAACCCCAGAUCAACAAGGAGCUGUUGCAGGAGGUUAUCGAGAGCUACAAGCGCAUGAAGUGGUGGCCUUAGACAUCACCGGACGGACGGACGGACGAAAAAAGGGGGGGUACAAACACAAUUGGAACAUCUUCAAAAAUCUUGCCGGAGUUUAUCAUGU